AAACCCAAACAUUUCCUCAUAAUCCUCGAAGAAGGCUCAAACCUUAAAAAAUUCAAACAGAUCAAAUGGAGAGCAGUGUGCUAAGAAUGGCGAAAAAGAAGCCGGUGGUGAUUUUCAGCAAGAGCUCUUGCUGCAUGAGCUACAGCAUCAAGUCCCUUUUCUCCGACCUAGCGGUCUACCCGGCGGUGUACGAGCUGGACGAGAUCCCGAGCGGCCGGGAAAUCGAGCAAGCGCUGGCCAGAAUGGGCUGCAACCCCACUGUUCCUGCGGUGUUUGUCGGCGGCGUCUUGGUCGGGGGAGAAAGUGAAGUUAUGAGUCGUCACCUCCAAGGCUCUUUGGAGCCCAUGCUCAAAAAGGCAGGAGCUAAAUGGGUUUAACGUACGUUAUUUACUUAUAAUAAUAAUAAUAAUAUAAGUACAACACUCUCCGAUACUAAUUAUGGGUUUCUUUUGUCACCCAAAAAUAAGAUAAAAUAAACAAGUAUCCUAGAUGUUGUUAUAGUGAUAUUGUGAGAUAUAUGUUGAAGUAGAUCAUGUAAGUUUUUAAGGUCAGAUGAUUAGCUAACUGGUUAUUAAUUAGCAGAAAUGUAUGCACGAGAUAAUGCAUGAUUAUGAGAAAGCUAAGGUUAUUAUAGUAGAUGCAGCUACAGCUACUAAAUGAUUUGUACUACGGUGGACAGCUUCUCUUUUGGUAUUGCAAGCUGUUAUUGGAUGUAAUUAAGUCCUUUUUGGCUACUAAAUAAUAAACUUUGCUUUAUUCUUA